GUCCACGUCUGACCGUGGUUCGAGGAGUAAACAUCGACUUGUAUACAAUUUAUGACGUAUUUUUAUUUCAUCGUACCGUCCGCACUCCGCGUCUCCACGGUUUGUUUAUCGCGUCCCAGGUCCGACGAUCGUACCGUCACCCGCGGUCGCCACCACCAACGGGCCGCGGUUCGGCAGCCUCACUCGUCGGUGGCAGUGGGGCCUGGGCGGCGCCUGGGCACAGCAGCACACUCACGCACACGUUGCCUCAGUGCUUCACAGUCACACGGCCACUGAGUGUCUGAGUCACACACACGUCUACAGUCUACACACACGGGACACGCUCACAUCCAGACCGUCGCCCGCGCACACACGUACGGCUAUCAUCGACGAACCGCACGGCGCACACGCACGCACACGACACACACAGACGCACGCAGCACGCUCGCGCACAAAGAUACAAAGACGUAUCGCGCAACUUGCAGCUGAUCAGUCGUGAUCUCACACAUUCUCAUUUCUCACCGAGUACCUACUGCCUUUCUCUCUCCAACGCUGAGACACACACAGACAUGUCAAUAUGACGGCUGUGACGGUCGAAUCUGUGAAUAACAAUAAUUAUAACAACAACAACAACAACAAUGAAAAUCCGUGCAAUAUUUUCCUCGUGCGCCGACGUACGUCGUAUUAUCGUUUUAGACACAAUUGAGUCGUUGAGCGCAAUGUAGAAGGCGGACGACUGUACGACACACACAUAUAUAUGUAUAUAUAUAUAUAUAUGUAUGUACCUAUAUAGAAUUUUUUUUAUACAUAUAUAUAUAUAUACAUAUAGCGACGAGAAAAAUUUGCACAUAUUCUAGACCAAGCGUCUAGAAUACAAUGUCUUCUCCUAGCAAACAACCAGUUGUAGAGGACAUUGUUUCUGUUUUUGAAACAACUCAAAAUCAGUCCUGGUCCAUGUUCAGCGAUAAACUGAACAAUGUUUCCAACAAAAACUCAAAGAAAAAAGAUCCGGCCAAAUCAGAGAACACAAUUACUUUAUCUAGUGACGACAUUCCUGUAUUUGGCUUAGUCCCUCGACUUGAUAAAGUAAUAUUAGUUUCAUGUAAUGAAUGUGAAAUGAUAGUGAAAAGAGAUUGUUUACAUAGUCAUUUUUAUCGCCGUCACAACAGUAGUAAUGUUAGUCAUUCAGAAGCUGAUAAAUUUUCACUAGUUAACUUUUUAUGCACUGUAAAAACCAAUAAAAAUAAAAAGCUAAAAAUGACUGUUCGAAAGCCUCCUGAAAAGAAACUAAAUGAACGUGAAAAAGUUAAUACUUUUGUAAAAGAAAUAAAAACUGAAUUUGAUGAAGAAGAAUAUGAAAGAUUAUUAAAAACAAAUAGAGCAAAAAUCAAACAAGAAAAUACAACUGAAUAUGGUGAUCACCAUGAUGUUGAUAUGGCUAAAACAAGUUGCAACCUUAGUACUGGUUCUGGUGUUUAUGAUUGGGAUGUUAAACCAUGUAUUGAAAGUUUAGCUUUAGAUCAGUGUACUGACCAUAAAGUAAAUGACAAAACUACAGAGCUUGAUAAAGAUUCUAAUAAAUUAUCAUCUGUAUUACUUGGUAAUAAAGAAGAUGACCUACCAAGUAAUAAAUAUUUAGAUAUUCAGAUCAUUGAACACACUGUUAAUUAUGUAACUAGUACUAGUCAGUUAUUGAAACUAGAUAAAAUUGAAAAAAUGAAACCUAAAGUAAAUAUAAAACUUAUUAAUGGUGGUGAAGUAAAAUAUUAUAAAAAAAAUCACCAUCAUAAUAAGUACAAAAAAUCUCCAUAUAAAAUAAAGAAUAUUAAAGAAGAAACUAAACUAAUAAUAAAAAAUGAGUAUCCAGAAAUUAUAAACAGUAAAAAUUAUAAAGAUAUUUCUACUUUUUAUAAUAAAUCAUCAAAUACAUCUGCAGCUGAUGUUAAAACUACAAAUUAUAAAUUACUUUCUGGAUUGCAAAAUGACUGUGAACAUACAAAACCUUUUCCGCGCUACAAACAUUUAGAUGUAAAAAGUGAAAUGCCUAUUGAUUCUGCCACUAGUUAUUAUCAACCAACUGAAUCACCGAAAAUCAAAGAAGAAUUUCAAAAUAUACCAAAUAAUAUGUAUCCAGAUGUGAAAAUAAAAGAAGAAUUUCAAAUUAUACCAAAUAAUAUGUAUCCAGACGUGAAAAUAAAAGAAGAAUUUCAAAUUAUACCAAAUAAUAUAUAUCCAGAUGUAAAAAUAAAAGAAGAAUUUCAAAUUAUACCAAAUAAUAUAUAUUCAGAUAUAAAAAUAAAAGAAGAAUAUGAUGAAAAUAAUGACAAAUGUAAAGUUGAAUUUUACCAAUCACCAACUGAAUCAACCAAAUGUUCAUCAGACAAUAAUCAUUCUGAAGUUAUAAGUAAUACAUAUUCUGGUAAUGUUGAUAGUAAUCUUUCAACAAUUGCCCCAUGUAGUGUAGUCGGUAUCAAAGAAGAAACAGCAUUUAUGGAAAGCAGCGAAAAUAUUAUAAUGAAUAACAAAAGUUCUGAUGAUACUGUUAUUAGUAACAAUCAAUCAUCAAUUGCAUUACUAAACAUUAAAGAAGAAUCAAAAUAUUCAUUAAUCACUGACCUUAAUGAAGAAUCAAAACCUUCAUUAACUACUGAUUAUAUUAAUGAAGUAUCAAAGCCUUCGUUAAUCACCGUCAGUACAAAUGAAGAAUCAAAACCUUCAUUAAACACUGACUUUAUUAAUGAAAAAUCAAAAUACCCAUUAAUCACAAACUAUAUUACUGAUAGUUCUAGCACUAAAUAUUAUCAAUUAUACACAGAUCCAGUUUCACAAAUUUCAUCAAGUUAUAAGUAUUUAGAUGAUGAACUCACUUUACAGGGUGAAAAAAAUUUGAGCAAUGAACUCAAUUUCCCAGGUGAAGACCAUUUAAACAAUGAGUUAAAUUUGCAGGGUGAAGACAGUUUAAGUGAUGAACUCAAUCUGCUAGUUAAAAAAGAUUUGGAUAAUGAACUUAAUUUACACGUUGAUAAAGAUUUUAAUGAAAAAAUCAAUUUUCAGGGUGAAGAAGAUUUGAUUGAUGAAAUUGAUUUGCUGGUUGAAGAUGAUUCAAGCGAUAGUAUCAAUUGGCAAAAUGAAGAAAAUUUGUUCGAUGAACUAAAUUUUCAGGGCGAAGAUUUGAAUGUUGAAAUAAAUUUACAGAGUGAAGAUGAAUCAAGUAUAGAAAGUGAGUAUCAGGAUGAAGAUGAUUUGAGUGAUGAACUCAAUUUGCAAAGUGAAGACGAUUUGGCCAAUGGAUUAAAUUUUCAUGGCGAAGAAGAUUUGAAUGUUGAACUCAAUUUGCAGAGUGAAGACAGUAUAAGUGAUGUGGAAAAUGUAAGUAAUGAAGAAGAAGAUCUAAGCAAUGUAGAAGAUAUGAGUGAUGAAGAAGAUUUGAAUGAUGAAGAAGACUUCAGUGGUAAAGAAAAUUUGGGUAAUGAUAAUGUAGGAACUAAUGGCAAUUUAAAAUAUAAUUCUCUAAUACCAUCUCAAAUACAAAAUAAUGAAGAAGAAACAAAACGUAUACCAAGUAAAGAGUGUUCUGUUAUUGUAAAUAAUGAAAGUUCUAAUGUUGCUUUUACUGGUCAUGGCCAAUCGCCUACAGAAACACUAGGCAAUGAAGAAGAAUCUAAAGCUAAAUCCAAAAUAGAUGAUGCUUAUGUUAUGAUUGGUAAUGAUGGUAUUGUUAACAACUUUGAAAAUGAAUAUUAUCAAUUGUAUUACCAUGAAGUACAAACAUCAUUUACUCCAAGCUAUAAAUAUUCAGAUGUUAUAAGUAAUGAUAGUUCUGACAAUUCUAAUGAGUCUUUAUCAAGUUAUGAUCAAUCAUCUGUUGAAACAUUAGAUGUUAGUGACAAAACAGAUUAUUCAUCAACCGAUAAUUCUUCAGAUUAUACGAGCAGUGAAAGUUCGUAUGACUCUGAAUGUACUACUUGUAGUACUUGUAGUAGUAAUCAAUCAACUAUAUUAUAUGAUAUUACAAAAAAACCGAAGUCUACUCGAACUAAUUUAUUAGAAAAACAUGAACAGUUUAUGGAUAGUAUUGCUACAUCAUUUGGUCAUGUAUAUGACAAAAACAAUUGUACUCAAACUGAUGCACCAUUGGAAUGUAUGAAUUGCUACGUUUCUACAGAUGAUUAUGUUGACCGCCAUACCACUCAAAUCGAUGACAAUUCUACUCCUAUUAACUCCUCUAAUGUUCAAAUUGAUGAAUAUGGUGUCAAUAACUUUACUCCUAUCGGUUCAAGUGCUCAAAUAAUAAAUAAUAAGAUCAUUCCCAUGGAUGUUGAAGAGUAUGAACUUAAAUAUGGUAAUGACAGCGAUUUUAAUAUUUCAAAUAAAUCACAUUUUUCAUCUCAUUUCCACACACAUCCUAGUAACCCAGCAAGUAAAAAUAACAAUUUAAUGCAUAAUCCUAUCAAUGAAAAUAAUUGUAAAAUAUUCAAUGAUGAACUUAAUGCAUAUAAACCAAACGAGUAUAUUACAAUUAAUGAAGCAAUACCAUUUAUAGACACAAACGAAGAAAUGUAUAAAGAACUUAUGAAGAUGGCUGAUAAAAAAAGUGUUAAUGACAGAAAAUGUAAAAUAAUGCCAUUUGCUAGAAUUGCAAAAAAUAUAAAGAAAAAUUUAAAGAGACAAGUUGCCGAUAAUAAAGAAAAUCGCCUUCAUUUUAUAUCAAGAGGCAUCAAAAAAUUCAAAGUUGAAUUUAUAGAUAGAGAUUUCUCAUGCCACGAAGAAGCUAACAUUAAUGAUAAUGUCGAUGAUUAAAAAUAUUAAUUUUAGAUAUUUUACUAAGACUUCCUUAAGGUCUCAUUAUAUUAUAUUUAUUUGUUCCUUAUUUUAAAAAUAAUUUUUAAUCUUCCAAGAGAAAACAAAAUAUGUUGCCUAGUAACUAGUUUUAUUUUUGUCAAUAAUUAUUUUAUUAAUAUAAUUUUUUACUUUCUUUUUUUAUAAA